AAUAUUUAUACCCGCAGAUCAUAUUCAGAUAUUAAACUGGAUAAAUAAAAUGCUAUCAUAAUCAUAGAAACAGUUCAUUUAGAUUUUCCUUUCCAGGAAUUUCGUGUCAAAAUUAUUUUCGUUUUUAAUUAUACAACGAGAAAAUAGUUGAAAGGCAUUAUGGAUUCCGCCGAAAUCAGUAUGAAGCAGAAAGAUUUGAACAUUUUAGGCCUGUCGGCCUAUGCGGUGGAUGAGGACUUUAUCAAGUGUCCUAUGUGCUUAGAGAGAUACACACGUCCUAAAUUGCUGAAGUGCCUACAUACUCUGUGUGAACAUUGUAUUACAGUACAUAUACAACAUGCAGCUAGGAAUAAACAGGUGACGCAUAAGGAGUUUCCGUGUCCUAAAUGUCACGCUAUGACAAACGUGAUCAAACCCGAGCUGCCCCUGGAUAAAUGGGCCGAGACACUGCCAGCCAACACCAUGAUGGGAGCUCUGCUAGAGUCCAUCUCCCUACAGGUUGAUGACAAGCUAUGCGGCACGUGCGAGGAAGGUGGGGACAGUACGAUAGCCUCGUAUUGGUGCCGCGACUGCGCAGAACCUCUUUGCGACAACUGCCUCAAAUAUCACCGUCUGAUGAAGAUCAGCAGACGGCAUAAAAUCGAGGAAAUGGACAUCAUCAAACGUCACCCGAAGCGUAUUCUGUCUGUACCUCAGCCAUGUCCAGAUCAUGUUGGCAAGGACAUAGAGCUUUUCUGUGCCGACCAUAACACUCUCUGUUGCGUGAUGUGUGUCGCCACAGAGCACCGCAGAUGCGACAAGGUGGCCUCCAUCGACAAGCUGGCCAAACAGUUAGAAGAAGGCGCCGUUACUGAGGAACUCGUUGAUAAGCUUAACUCGUAUCUUGACCAUCUGAAAACCAUGAAGACGGAUCGGGAAUGGAAUAAAGAAAAGUUGAUUGGCAAGAAAGAAGAAAUAAUGGAACAGAUCGCAAAUUACAAGGAGAAUGUGAAUAUUCUGCUUGAGAAGCUAGAAUCUACUCUAAGUCAGCAGUUUGAAAGAGUGCAUGCGAAGGAGACAGACCGGCUUAACACCGAAAUAGACUGGUGCACUGCCACACAGAGCGCAGUCGAGAAUGCCAAAACCGUGUUACUCGUUACGAACAGACACUGCUCCAAUGCGCAGGUAUUCAUAACUGUUCAGCAGUGCAUAGAGAGGUCGAUUAGAUAUGAAGACGAAAUAGCCAAAGAGCAGAACGAGAAAUUUGAACUGCUGGACUACAGUUUCGAGAUCGAUUCAGCGUUUGAAGCGUUCUUACAGUCUUUAAUCUCCGUGGAAACGUUUGGUAACGUUCACACACAUCGUCGCCGUGCCUUCAUUCCAUCAUCUCCAGGUCUGAAGCUACUCAGGGACAGAACAGCGGAACCGGAAAUUGAAUUUGACGCGAAGACACCGUCUGAUACACGAAACUGCUGCUUGUCGUCUGUUCUAUUCCUGUCAGACAAACGAAUUCUUCUUGCCGACCAGAACAACCAGAAAAUAAAGUUAUUUAAGGAUAACGGGUCCUUAGUUUACGAGCAAGCGUUUACCACAUGGCCUCGUGAUUUCACAGAGCUCGGAAACAACAAAGUCGCAGUGACAUUGCCGAAGGAGAGAAAGAUCGAGAUCUUUUAUCUUGGUGAAAAGCUGAAGAAUCUCGAGACUAUCCGAAUGGUGGAUGAAUGCUGGGGUAUCACUUACAGCAACAAUACUGUUAUCGUUGGGUGUAUCGGGCCUGACAAGGGGAACAUCAAACUUCUCACACUAGACGGCGUUGAGAUCGACACCAUAGAAGAUGAUCCAAGUGGCAGACGGCUUUUCAUCAAAACAAAUUACGUCACCACAAACAUCAAUGGCAAAGAAGUUUACAUUACUGACAGGACAAAGGACACCGUGGUGGCACUCGCUUUAAAGAGGAACUUUAACAAACAACAGGUAUCGGAGGAUCAAGGUCCAAAAAGACUACUUCCAGUGAAGCCAAGACAUCGGUCUAGUACAGUACUUGGGCAUGGUAGGGAUCAGAAUACUAACUUUCAGGCUGAGAGACGUGCGCGAAGCGAGAUGGCCAGAAACGCCCACAUGGUUGGAGAUUACAGCCAGGUUCGAGAAAAUAAAGUAAAAGAAUCUGCUAACUCACCGCUUACGGUCCUAGAUGAGGCUUUUGACGAGAAACUUGAAGAAUCGUACGAUGCACGUUCAAAAGGAAGUCCACAACGUGACCUUAAAAAUCUAUCCGGGGCCUCCUUGAAGACCGAUGAUUUAGAUGCUGUUGCCACGAGACAGUCUCCUAUAGAACGUGAAGACACGAGAUCUACAAUCAGUCAGAUAAACGAACACGAAGAAAAGGUCGAUUACGAUGUUCUUUAUUCUUACUCAAACGAUAUCCUCAAAUCUGCGGGUGGUAUCGGGGUGGACCACCAAGGGAACAUCUACGUUACCGGCUACAGGUCCUCUAACGUUCACCAGAUUUCUCCAGGCGGCUCUCUAAUCAAGAUUCUUCUGCACAAUCUGUCCCAACCAUUGGCUAUCUGCACGGAGCCGUUCGGCGACAGAUUCGCAGUCACCGAAACCACGUCACAUAAGCAAAAUUUGGUACAGAUAUUUAGAUUGGUAUAAUUGUUUGUCGGUCAUUUAAUAGAUGAAGAGGUUGAAAUUCUUGAAUAUAUUUCAUAGCCAAAAUACUUCUAAAUGGCAUUGUGAUUAACGGGUCAUGUCACAAAAGAUACACGUUGACACAAGAAGAGUCUUUUAAACUGUACGUUAUGUGCAACAGUUACUGUGAACAGAUGACUGUGAAAUGUUAUAUAUUUCUGAUAGUGUUUGGUUGAUCCGGUGAUGACUUUGUGUAUGUGCUUUUUUAAAAUGUUACUUGUUAACAUUGGGAGCGGGAACUUAUUAUUCCAUUUAGUUUGAUCUUGUAAAUAUUUACUCUUUACCUUGGUCUAAAGAUAGU